AUGAAUGAUAUAGAAAGGAUUUUAAAUACAUUAUCUUCUCAGCCGUCAUUGCAAGAAUUGUUAAGUGUUUUAGAAGUUAUUUUUAGAUUUCAAGAGAAAGAGGAGAUUGUUAGUUGCGAAAAUGCAAAAAUAAUGAAUAUUUUAACAAAUGAAAUAUUACCAGAAUAUUUACCAUUAAUUCUUUCGAAAGAUAUCACAUUAUCAGGAGAAAAAAUGAAGAAGUAUUUACUGGGAUGUUUAAGUAGUGUUUCAGGAAUUAAGGCUAUUUUAUUAAGGAUUAAAAAAAUGACGAUGGAAAAUGGAAACUCUUUUUUUUUUCAACAUAUUGCAGAGUUAUUAGAAAUUCUUCAAGAGAUUUUUUGUAGUGAAGGAAGAUUAAUAUUAGUAUGGAUGAGAUGUCAUUCUGGAAUAAAUGAAAAUAAGAGUAUCAAGUCAUUUUCGUCUCAUAUUUGGGAUGAAUAUGUAUCAUUAAUUGCAGGGGGGAAAUUGCUCGGAAUUACAUCGGAAGGAUUGCUAAAAUUAUGGAAAUAUUGUGAAAUUGAUCAACGUCCUGUUUUUUGGAUAGCAGAUUGCUCAAAAUAUGUGGAACAUUUUGGAAAUGAAAUAGUAGCUUCAAUAAAUGACUCUAGAUUCAACGAAAAGAUGGAAAAGGAUUUCUCUGUAUUAACCGCAAGGUUGUUUAGUCUUGGUUGCACAGCUCAAAUUAUUUUUUCUUUUUUUGGAAAUGAAACUAUAACACAUGAUUAUUUAUUACGCCUUGAUAAAAUUGUAAAAUAUUUUACAUUUUCUCAAAAAACUGUAUAUAUCCAUUCCUUAUUUUCUUUUUUUGAUAAAAAGUAUUUUCAAAAUACUGAGAAUUUUUUUGAAAAGUUGGAUAUAUGUCAUGAACUAUUCAUUUCUGAGAUAGAAAUGAUUUCAAUUAUAAUAAAAGAUAUUUUAGCAAUGGAUAAUGAUAUCAUUGAUAUUGUUGAUAAUUGGUUUUUGAACUAUAAUUCAAAAACAUAUAUUUAUACUAGAAGAGCAAUUGUUAAUUCGUAUUGUUCUUUUACAAAUGGUUUGGAAACUGAUGAUAAUAUACUUGUGAGAUUGUGUUUAAAAUGGUCAAAUAAGAUUUUUAUAAAUUAUGCAUCAGUUAUAGAACAAGAAGAUUUAACUCAAAAUUUUCUUUUGUUUUCAGCUUUUGUACCUAGAAAUAUUUUAGAGAAGUUAAGCCAUUCUAAAGCAUAUUUGAAUGGAUUGACAAAUAGAUUAUCUUCAUCUUCUGAAAGGGUACGGUUCUUAGGGAUGAUUGUAGGAGAAUCUGUGACCAGAAAACUUUUUCCAAAUGAUGAAAAGAAAUGGCUUACUUUCAAUGUUGAUAAUACGCUUACUCCUGAAUCUAAUUGGUGGAGAAAUAUUAUAAAUGUUGAUAAUAUUACAAACAUAAAAAGUUUAUCUUUAGGAAGUACAAAUAAUGAUUGCAAUUCUUCAUUAGGCUCUGGGCAGGAUGCUAUCAAGGAACAUGAACAGAUUCAACCAAUUCAAGAAAAUGAUACUGUUGUUGCUGUGGAUGAUGAAUUUGUACCAUACGCUCUUCCUGAUUCUGACGACGAUGACUCUGAUGAUGAUCCUGCAUUUACAGAAAAAAAUAAAAAGAUUAAUGCACCUGUAUAUAUACGUGAAUUGAUAUCUAUGUUAAAAGAUAAUACAUCUUAUCCGAAAUUGCAUAUGGCUCUUAAAACUUCUCCUAAUCUUAUAAGACGUAAAGCAAAUUUUGGAACAGAACUUAGCAAAGAAGCAGUUACUUUGGCCCGAAUUAUAAGUAGUAUGAAUGAUGAAUUUAAUAUGGAUAAAUUUAUAGAAUUAAAACAAGAAUCAAUGACAGCUUUAGUAGCAACUUGUCCCGAAUUGGUUGCUUCAUAUUUUAUUGAGCAGUAUUUUACUGGAGAUAUUUCCAUACAGCAACGUUAUAUGAUAUUAUCUGCUUUAGCAUUAGGGGCAAGAGAAAUAUCCGGUAUAGAUUCUUCUAAAAAGAAGAUGUUUCCAUCUAAAGUUUUAGUUUCGAAGCUUCAUCAACAAUAUGUAUCUCCAAUUGAUAUAAUUGUAAAGGAAAUGAACAUGUUAUCAGUAAAACAGAAUACUUCAAACCUUACAAAAAUAGAUUCUUUAAAUUCUAUCAAUCCCUUAAAAGUACGGAGAUUUUCAAAGAGAACUGAAAUAAUGAAAAAUAAACAACUUCCUAAAAAAAAUCCUUUGGCAGCAAUUGCUGGAAAAUGUUUUAUCUUCCCGAUGAUCGGGUAUUGGUGGGUUUAUACAAAAGAUGCAUAUAAUGAUAAUUUCCAUUACGAACCUUUGCUUUUAAGUCAGUUUUUAAAAACUAUUGCAAUUAUCUUUCAAGCUAGUUAUCCUGCUUCUUUACAACAUGAAAUUUUACGAGAAAUAUGGGAAUUCUCUUUUUUUCUUCGUAAUCAAAUUGAUCUUAUUAUUAAAAAUGCCUUAUUAUUUUUAAUUUUAACUCUCUUGGAAAUAACUGAUGAAAAACUACUAAUUCAAAAAUAUUCUUAUGAACUUAUAGAAUCCCGUAAUUGGGCCUCUGUAGUUCUUGAAAAUGCUUCUGAAGAAGAAACAAGACUCUUGUCCUCUUGUAUUAUUUUUCGUAUUACAUCUUUAUUUGAAUCUUACAAAAAUACUUUUAUUUAUCCUUUCUCAAAUAUUGUUGAUAUGCAGAAAUAUAAAUCCUGA